AUGCACAUCCUGAAUCAGCCCUCAGACGACGUAGACGUCUCUAGGCCAUCGCACCUCUCUUCUCAAGGGGACACUCGACCAGAUCCGUCCGAUUACCCACCGCGAUUACCCAAGCUCGACGACAUCGUGGACACCACCCAGACAAGCUCUCGCGAUGGCCCGAACGAGCUCCUCCCCAGACCGAGCGAACUCCUAGCCCUCGAAAACGCGAGCUAUCGGACAGAUAAUAAUCGACCGCGUCAUGCGCAUGACCUGUUCCAGGACACUCUGCCUGUCAAGCAGACUCCGGAAGAGAUACCCCAGGAGGGUUCUCUGCCGUGGCUGCUGGGGAACGAUGUUACACAUACUCUUCCGUCGCUCGACAGCAAUGGCGAGGGGUCAUUUCAUCCGAAUCGCCAGCAUGAUGACUGGUUUGAACGACCCGGCAGCAACAAGCGCAUACACUCCGGUCAACGACCACCCUGGCCUCAGCUGCCUGUAUUGCAAAACUUCCCGCCCAGUCAGAAGCAGCCAAGUGGCCAGGAUUCCAGUUUCCCGCCCAUGAUCGUGGGCAUCGACUACAAUCCGCCGCCCCAGAGCUCUGCGACGCUGCCUCGCAUUCAAUCAUUUCCCUUGGAUAAUGCUGGUCCAUUGCAUUCCACGUCGCACCCCACGUCCCAUCCCCCGUCUCGACCAACCUCACGUCAUGGCCACGAACCAGCGGCGUUGUCGGAUCCCGAUGGCGGCAAGGCGAGAAAACGCGUCACAAGAAGAAGGCGGCAAUGGACCAAAGAGGAGACGGACGACCUGCUACGUGGCAUCUACAAGCAUGGCAUGGGGAAGUGGACGGAUAUCAAGAACGAUCCUGACUUCACCUUCAAGGAUCGAUCAGCCGGGGACUUGAAGGACAGGUGUCGCACAGUUUGGCCUCGGAGUCAUGACGACGAUAACUCCGCGGGCGAUGUCCCCUCAAGCACUCCGGCACCCGAAAAGCCAAGAAAGGGACUCUACGCAGAGAACAUCCUCCAUGACUCCGAUACACCUAAUUCACCAGGCGUUGUCACGCCUCCACGGGAAGAUGAUGCGCCAGUUCGAGUGAAGAAGAAGAGAUCGCACCGGAGAGAACCGAAGGAUCUCGAAGCACUAGAGCUUCGUGGGCCAUUGAAACACGGAAAUCGUCGACCUCGACGGCCAUUCACGGAUCAGGAAGACUCUGACAUCAAGACGGGGUUGUUGAAGCAUGGGUCACAGUGGACCAAGAUCCGGAAUGACCCAGAGCUGCAUCUCCAGUCGCGGGCACCGACGGACCUCAGAGACCGAGUCCGCAACAUGAGCAAGACCGUCUUCAAGGACUUUGACGAGAAGACGUUCGAGCACAAGCCUUCGAUAAUGAUCGGCGGUAGUACCCUUGAGCCUACUAUUGCGUUGCCGAUCAACACAUUGUUUCCGAAGAGGUGA